UCGGGACACUCGCCCUUGCGCACAUGUUCGGAAGGUAGUUCUGUUUUGUUUGUAAAGGAUCAUAGGUGCAGACUGUCAUCCUAAAGCUUGCAUACUAAGAAAACCAAGACAACCACGUCACGGUCGCCCUUAAAAAUCCUCCCUCUCGAUCUCACGCUUCCACGGCCCUGUUCCCCUCAGGGUGAGCGCCCCCUCCCCUUCACGUCGUAGCCAGGAUGGAGCUCGAGACAUACAAGCCUAAAUCAGAUUCAGACAUCGAAGCUGGACAAACUGCUUCGACUUCUUCUUCCCCUUCCUCCUCCACUUCCUCUUCUCCUACUUCGCUUCCCUCUGCGGCAGCCAGCGUCGCCAUCGAAGCUACGGAACACAAAGGAGAUUCUUCUUCGACACACCAACAGAAGGUCAACACAGUGACGUCGUUGGGCAACGGUGACGUCACUCUGACCAAGCUCGAGACAAGUUCGAAAGAUCGGAUUGCGCGAGUUGCGUCCGCUGCGUCUACCGAACACGGCCAGGACCCAACGGGGCAUAAGCACUUCGGAAGGGGAAAUGUUGUGGUGGUGCAACAAGGCUACAAGUCCUAUGGCUCCCGCAAGAACAAGGUGCCGGUACUGGAAGGCCUGGAAAUGAGAGUGCCACAGGGAGCCAUCUAUGGUCUCUUAGGCCCGAGUGGCUGCGGCAAAACCACGCUGUUGGGCUGCCUGGUAAAUCGCCUGCGGUUAGACAAGGGUCAAAUCUUCUUGUAUGGGUAUCCCCCGGGCUCCCCCAGUGCCGCAGUCCCGGGGCAUCGGGUCGGGUACAUGCCACAGGAACUGGCCCUCUACCAAGAAUUCACGAUCGUGGAGACCCUUCGCUACUUCGGCAGGAUCCACCAGAUGUCCUCAGCCAUGAUCGACAAAAGAACGAAAUUCCUCGUGUCCUUCCUUGACUUACCUGACCCCACGAGGCUCAUUAAUCAGCUCAGUGGAGGGCAGCAGAGGAGAGUGAGUUUUGCUGCCGCCCUUCUGCACGAACCCGAUCUCCUUAUACUUGACGAACCUACAGUCGGCGUCGAUCCCUUAUUGAGGAGCAGUAUCUGGCAACACUUGUUGGAAGUUUGUAAGUCUGGCCACACGACCAUCAUCAUCACCACGCAUUACAUCGAAGAGGCGAGACAAGCGGACAAGGUGGGUCUCAUGCGCGGAGGAAGACUGUUGGCUGAGACCUCCCCCUCGAGUCUCAUCACCCACUUUGCCAUCCCGAGCCUCGAAGACAUCUUUCUCAAGUUGUGUCUCGUGGACGGAAGCGAGGACGACCUCCACACUAGCAAGACCAACAAAGGCUUUGAAGAUGAGAAAGGGAUUUCGUCCUCCUCUCCUGCCGUGCUGCCUGGGUCACUGCCUUCUGCUCGGGGCGUGACCUCUGACCUCAAGGAAGUCCUCACUCCUUCAGGGCAUAUUAUCCUGAAGGACUAUGAGGAAGAGAAAAUUUUGACGUCCCCUUGGGUGCAGACUUCGAAGUACGAGAGGGUGUUCUCUCUCUAUCGCUUCUCUGCCCUUCUCAUCAAGAACUUUAUUCGUCUCUGGAGGAACAUUGGGUUCCUUCUCUUCUCCUUCCUCAUGCCGCCUGUACAGACGGUUCUCUUCUGCCUCACGGUGGGAGGAACGCCCUACGACCUGCCCAUGGCUAUUGUAAACGACGACACCGGCUUUCGCUUACCCAUUACUCUGCCAGCCUUACCCAGCGAUAGGCCUACUCUGCCGCCGUCUCUGCCAUCUCUGCCUACCGCUUGGCCUAACCUCCCGUCGUCCCUGCCGCCCCUGCCGUCCAAUAUCCCGCCUCUGCUUACUUUCAAAGCUUCUGAACUCUACAUCGACGAGUUAAAUUCGAAGACUAUACGUAAGACGUAUUACAACUCUUUCCAAGAAGGAUACGAUUCGGUUAAGGACGGGCGAUCGUGGGGUUUGAUCCACUUCAACGAGUCUUAUACGAUGAGUCUCAUCUACUCCGUGACCGACAUAGGCGAGUUGCCUCCCCAGGACAAGAACCAGAGUAAAAUUAACGUGUACAUGGACAAUACCAACAGCCAAAUCUCGGCCACAUUGGGCUACGAGCUGCUCACUUCUCUGGAAAGAUUCUUGGUCGAUGUUGCCAGACUGAUUCCCAAUUUCGAUAUCAAUAAGAUCACAAUUCCACUGGAGUUCCAGAAGCCGGUGUAUGGGACAGGCAGCACGUCCUUUACAGAGUUCAUGGCUCCGGGCGUCAUUCUCACAAUCACCUACUUCAUGGCAGUGGGUCUGACAGCUCUCUCCUUCAUCAUAGAGAGGAAGGAAGGGCUUCUUGACCGCUCUUGGGUUGCAGGUGUUCAGUCGAGUGAGGUCAUGUUGGCUCACCUGACGACGCAGAUGAUGGUGAUGCUCGUGCAGAUUGCCCUUAUUCUGGUGUUCAUGUUCCCGGUGUUCAAGCUACCUUGCGAAGGGAACAUGUUAUGGGUCGUCCUGCUCUCUAUUCUCCAGGGAUUCUGUGGAAUGACCUUUGGUCUGAUGACGUCAGCACUGUCCAAUGACGAAAACACGGCGAUCAUGAUGGCACUGGGCAUAUUCUACCCUCUGUUGCUCCUCUCGGGCAUUGUGUGGCCAGUCCAAGGCAUACCUAUUGCUCUAAGAUACGUCUCCUACAUACUCCCUCAAACCUACGCCUGUGAAGCUAUCCGCGCGGUGCUCUACAAGGGCUGGGACAUCACUUAUCCUACAGUGUACCUCGGAUACAUCAUCACCAUCGUCUGGCUCUUCGUGCAUUUGGUCAUAGCGGAAGUGGCUAUUAGAAUCAGGAAGUAGAGGUGGUGGUGGCGAUUGGUUGGUGGUGUAAGAGAGCGGCUGGGUGAAAUCGGUUAUGGUGAUGUAGGCAUUUGGUGUGCAGGAUUAUGCAAUUGAGACAUACAAACACGUAUGUGUAUGUAUGUGCACACACACACACACACACACACACACACACACACACACAUAUAUAUAGUACGUUCACACAUGUGCAUGUGUCUAUGUAU